UUGGAGUUCCUAGACGUGAGUCCUCUUUCUUUCAUCAAGGACCUCGGACCCAAAGGCUUAGAGGGGUCGAUCUUGAAGAGAUCUGGGGGUCACCGAAUUCAGGGGCUCAACUGCUUUGGACACCACCAGUUCUGUUACCGCUGGUCACGCAGGUGGCUGGUUGUGAAGGAUUCCUUUCUUCUCUACAUGAAGCCUGAAGCCGGGGUUGUCUCCUUCGUGCUGCUCUUUGACCCCGAGUUCAGAGUUCAGGUGGGCCGGAGCUACACUGCCACCAAGUACGGCGUGUGCAUCCAGAACUUCGCCAGGACCCUCAUCAUUAAGUGCAGCAGUUACCGGCAGGCUCAGUGGUGGAGCCACGAGAUCCAGAGGCUGGCGAAGGAGGGAGGGAGGGAGUUUGUGUCGCCUCACCGUUUCGACGCCUUCGUACCCAUCCGAGAGAACACCCUGGCCAAGUGGUAUGUCAAUGGCAGUGGAUACUUUGCUGAUGUCGGUCAGGCUUUAGAAGAUGCGAAAGAAGAGAUUUUCAUCACAGACUGGUGGUUGAGUCCGGAGGUGUUUAUGAAGCGACCGGCGAACGGGGAUCACUGGAGGCUCGACCAGAUACUGAAACGCAAAGCAGAGCAGGGAGUGAAGGUGUGCGUGCUGCUGUUUAAGGAGGUGGAGCUCGCUGGAAUCAACAGCGACUACAGCAAGAGGACCCUGAUGAGCCUGCACCCCAACAUCAAGGUGAUGCGUCACCCUGACCACGUUUCCUCUGUGGUCGUCCUCUGGGCGCACCACGAGAAGCUGGUGGUCAUUGACCAGCUCCGUGGCCUUCAUGGGGUGGGGCUGGACCUGGCCUACGGCCGCUGGGAUGACACUGCUCACCGACUGACCGACACGGGCUGCGAUGGGUCAGAGACGCAGGGAGCAGAGACACAGCCCAAAAACGGGGCCCCGGAGGGCGAGGAGGGGCCCCAGGACCUGAGAGACAACAGGAAGCUGUGGCUCGGCAAGGACUACAGCAACUUCAUAGUGAGGGACUGGGUGCAGGCUGGACGGCCCUUUGAAGACUUCAUCGACCGCCAAAAAACUCCCAGAAUGCCGUGGCGGGAUGUGGCCGCAGUGGUUCAUGGGAAGGCAGCGCGUGACCUGGCGAGACACUUUAUACAGCGUUGGAACUUCACCAAGAUUUUUAAGAGCAAGUACAAACACCACUUCUACCCCUGUCUGCUCCCGAAGUCCCACAGCACUGCGGAGGAGCUUCCCCUUGAGUGCCCGGGGUCACAGAGAGCCCGAGUGCAGAUCCUGCGCUCUGUGGAUCGCUGGUCUGCUGGUACCUGUGAGAGCUCUAUCCUGAAAGCCUACAUCGACACCAUCGACAACAGCCAGCACUACAUCUACAUAGAGAACCAGUUCUUCAUCAGCUGCGCGGACGGGAGGAGCAUUCAGAACGGAAUCGGAGACGCCAUCGUGAAGCGCAUCCUACGAGCGCACCAGAAUAAACCAUACCGUGUGUUCGUUGUGCUUCCGUUGCUUCCUGGUUUCGAGGGUGACAUCACCACAGGGGGCGGGAACGCCAUCCAGGCCAUCCUGCACUUCACCUACAGGACAAUGUGCAGAGGGGACCAGUCUAUCGUGGCACGUCUCAAAGUGAAGAUGCAGGAUCGCUGGAGGGAGUUCAUCUCGUUCUCUGGGCUCCGCUCCCACGCCUGUCUGCAGGACUCUCUGGUCACAGAGCUGAUCUACGUUCACAGCAAAAUGCUUAUCGCCGACGACAGGAAGUACAUCAUCGGCUCAGCAAACAUUAACGACCGCAGCAUGCUGGGGUCCCGGGACAGCGAGCUGGCCGUGCUGGUGGAGGAUUCGGAGAGCGUGCCCUCCCUCAUGGGGGGGCAGGAGUACCAGGCAGGGAGGCUGGCCCUGGCGCUGCGUCUUGAGUGCUUCAGGGUGCUGCUGGGGUCGGACGGUGCCCCCAGUAUCGAUAUCCGGGACCCAAUCAGUGACGAGUUCUUCCAGGGGGUGUGGCAGAAGACAGCCGCGGACAACGCUGAGAUCUACGAGACGGUGUUCCGCUGCCUACCCUCGGACUCGUUCCCGAGUCUCCGCUCGCUGAAGGACCGCGCCGGUGAGGAGAAGCUGGCCAACACUGACCCCCAGGGGGCGCGGGAAAAGCUGGCCGGGGUCAGGGGUCACCUGGUGCUGUUCCCCCUCGACUUUCUGUCUGAGGAGAGCCUACUUCCUCCCCUGAACAGCAGGGAGGGGAUGAUACCUGUGGAGGUGUGGACGUGAAUGGGGGGGGGGGAAGAGGACAAAUACAGAGGAGAGAGGAGAGGGGUCAGCCCGCUGUCUGUUUGCACUGGAUUAUAAAAAAAUAACAGGCAUUUGACAGACAGACCAGGGAUGGAAAUAAGGCUCCUGCUGCAUCAGAAUUUCACUGAGUCAUUCCAGGUUUUACUGCGGGCUUGAUUGUAGUGUGUGUAUAGGAAACAAGCCCAGGUGUGUCUUAUCAGACUAACCCUGCUCAAACUAACCCUGCUCAGACUCCUGGCUCCUGAUCAAUUCAAAUAGAAAGCAUUGCAUUCCACAAUAGAAAUGCACUGACUGUUUAGAACUAUAGGUUAUAAUAAUAAUUAGCCUUUUUUAUUUCUUAAAUACUUUCUAUUUUCUGUUUCUAAAGAUUGUUUUGUAACUCUGACCUCCUCAAACCCGCUGCAGCCCAGCGCUCUACCCACUGAGCUCCUCAAACCCACUGCACCCUAACCACUGAGCUCCUCAAACCCACUGCCUUCCACACUGCACCCUAACCACUGAGCUCCUCAAACCCACUGCCUUCCACACUGCACCCUAACACUGAGCUCCUCAAACCCACUGCUUUCCCCACUGCACCCUAACACUGAGCUCCUCAAACCCAGUGCCUUCCCCACUGCACCCCACUGCACCCUAACACUGAGCUCCUCAAACCCACUGCCUUCCACACUGCACCUUAACACUGAGCUCCUCAAACCCACUGCCUUCCACACUGCACCCCAACACUGAGCUCCUUAAACCCACUGCUUUCCCCACUGCACCCUAACACUGAGCUCCUCAAACCCACUGCCUUCCACACUGCACCUUAACACUGAGCUCCUCAAACCCACUGCCUUCCACACUGCACCUUAACACUGAGCUCCUCAAACCCACUGCCUUCCACACUGCACCCCAACACUGAGCUCCUCAAACCCACUGCUUUCCCCACUGCACCUUAACACUGAGCUCCUCAAAUCCACUGCCUUCCACACUGCACCCUAACACUGAGCUCCUCAAACCCACUGCCUUCCACACUGCACCUUAACACUGAGCUCCUCAAACCCACUGCCUUCCACACUGCACCUUAACACUGAGCUCCUCAAACCCACUGCCUUCCACACUGCACCCCAACACUGAGCUCCUCAAACCCACUGCUUUCCCCACUGCACCUUAACACUGAGCUCCUCAAAUCCACUGCCUUCCACACUGCACCCUAACACUGAGCUCCUCAAACCCACUGCCUUCCACACUGCACCCUAACACUGAGCUCCUCAAACCCGCUCCCUUCCACACUGCACCUUAACACUGAGCUCCUCAAACCCAGUGCCUUCCACACUGCACCCUAACACUGAGCUCCUCAAACCCACUGCCUUCCACACUGCACCUUAACACUGAGCUCCUCAAACCCAGUGCCUUCCACACUGCACCCUAACACUGAGCUCCUCAAACCCACUGCCUUCCACACUGCACCCCAACACUGAGCUCCUCAAACCCACUGCUUUCCCCACUGCACCUUAACACUGAGCUCCUCAAAUCCACUGCCUUCCACACUGCACCCUAACACUGAGCUCCUCAAACCCACUGCCUUCCACACUGCACCCCAACCCCCACAUAAUAAAAUAUUUUAUAUCGAAUGUUUGACGAUUUUUCUAGAGACUUUAUUACACAGAUUUUAAACUAAGGCACUAACCAUUAACACUGGUUUAUUUUACUGUUAUUUCUUAUAUAUAUAUAUAUAUAUAUAUUUUUUAAUAUUAAUAGUAUUAUUAAUAUUCUUUAUUAACUAAUAAUAUACAAUGCGUUUGAGAUCCCUAGUGUCGAACAUUUUCACAGAAAAAAAGUUACAGAAAACGUUACUUUGCUCGCUUUGUGGGUGUCGCCCUUGGCACUGUGACCCAGGCGUGCGAGGCUGCCAGUUGUCAUAGCGACGUCUUUAAAAUAACGCCUUCCUAUAAUUACACUUGCAACGGAGGGGGGGGGGGGGGGGGGGGGGCUGAUGCUUGAAACAGCUGGUUUUGCAUCUUUGUAAACGUGUUGCCGUGGCAACAGCUGUAGCCCACACGCGCUCCGGUCAGUGUGUUACAAACACUUGAUUUGUUUGUAGAUAGUUUUCCAGAGCUAGUGGAUACAGGACAGGCUGAGGUUAGGUUAGGUCUCCUCUCGUUUGAGGACAGACUGCCGUGUCGUGUUUGUGGAGCAUUGUUUAACUGCUGUCAUCGACCUCAUUAACCCUUCCAUAUGUAACGUGCCCCCCACAGAAAUAAAGACAAUGCUGACUUUCUUCUUGUUGCAGUGAGCCGGUGCAGGAAACAGGUGUUUGAAAUGUACUGACAGGCUGAGUCGCUCCCAAGUGUCGUUUUAAUAAGAAACCAGAGUCUGAACAAGAUUCCUCGACUGAAAGGGUUAAACCGCACUGUUAGGAUGAUGCCUUCGCUCUGAUUUUGUGAAACGCAGACGGUAUGCAAGUGUAAACUGAAUGCAUCGAAUUAGAGGAACACAGAUUGAGUUGUGAUUUGAUCUAUUUUCUGCCCCAAAGAAAAUUGUAUUUGAUUCUUAAUGGGUUAAGCUAAUAAGAGGAAAGAUAUUUUACAUAUAUAUAUAUAUAUAUAUAUAUUAUUAUUAUUAAUUAUUUCUUAGCAGACGCCCUUGUCCAGGGCGACUUACAAUUGUUACAAGAUAUCACAUUAUUUUUACAUACAAUUACCCAUUUAUACAGUUGGGUUUUUACUGGAGCAAUCUAGGUAAAGUACCUUGCUCAAGGGUACAGCAGCAGUGUCCCCCCCACCUGGGAUUGAACCCACAACCCUCCGGUUAAGAGUCCAGAGCCCUAACCACUACUCCACACUGCUGCCCCUGUGUAUAUAUAUACACACAGAGCAUCAAAAGAAACAUCACUAUAUAUAUAUAUAUAUCACACGUUUUUGCAGAUUCUGAUCAAUGUGAAUUCUAGAAUGCUAAAAUCACACGCUUGGUUUCUUCUCAUCAUAACUACGGCUGUAUUAAUAACGGUCAAAGUUGUUAUAAUCGUGGAAAACACUAGAGGAGGCUUUGAGUAAAUUGUUGAAGCUCAGAACAUCCAGAUACAGAUUGCAACUCCAGAAUCUGUCCCAAGACUUUUGCACAGCAGUGUGUGUGUGUGUGUGUGUGUAUGUGUGUGUAUAUCUAUCUAUCUAUCUAUCUAUAAUCAGAAAUGCAUCCUUUUAAACUACCGAUGCAAUCACUAAACUUUUUUCUGAUACUGAAAACUCUCCGAGUGGAUUUUGUAAGCGUCGAUCCUGCCAGAAUGCAUAUUUUUGUAUCUCUAUUGCUGUUAUAAAACAAACUGUCACUUUUUUGUGUUACUACAUAAUAUUAAAAAAAUGAAUAAUUCCAAAAA